AGAGAGGAGUGGAGGAUCGAGCAAGACCGGGCGAGGAGGGUUGACUGACUCCGCUAGUUUCGCAGCAGCAGACGAAAGAAAUCGCGUCAUCAAAGAGUUUGCCGGGAGCGAGCAGACAGACGUCGUCAAACAGUCGAAGGAUACGGACGGGAAUACAGAAGUGAAAAAACAAAUCAACAACUCACUGUUUACGUGAUCGCUCACAGCAGAAGAGACAAGUGUGUACGUGCUUUUUUCUUCUGGAAUAUAAUUCGUUUUCUUGUUUGUGUUCUGGAUCUGUUGUUGUUGUGUAAACAGUCAGUUGGAACUACCGUGUGAUCUACGCGUCGUCUGCGAGGGAGGAACUUUUUCUGAGAUCUCAUCUUAGUGAAAUCUCCGGAGUAUUCAUAUCGGUUGUUUCAUCUUUUUUGGGGUACCACCACCAUUCGUCGUCCUAAUUAGUCAACAUGACCACCAACGGUUGCAACGGAACCAGCAGCAAAUCGGAGCUGCAAUGGAAAGUCGGACUUAUCAACAGUUCCAAGAAGUAUCUCACCGCCGAGUCGUUCGGCUUCAAAAUCAACGUGUCUGGAACCACACUGAAGAAGAAGCAGACAUUUAUCCUGGAGCAGGACUCUCACGAGGACUUCCUGUACAUCCGGAGCCACACGGGGAGGUACUUGUCGUCUGAUAAAUACGGGAACGUCACCUGCGAGACAGAGGCCGAGGAGAGAACCGCCUCCGAGAAGUUUUCUGUGGAGUACGACAAGAACGGCUCCGGGCGCUGGGCGUUCAGGAACCUAGAGCACGGCAAUUAUCUCGGGGGGUCCGAGGACAACUUCAAAUGCUUCUCCAAGUCCGUCACGGAAGCGGACCUGUGGAUUGUCCAACUGUCCAUCCACCCACAGGUCAACUUGCGUAACGUGAACCGGAAGAGAUACGCCCAUCUGAAGGACGAGCAGCUCCAAGUCACGGAGGUCAUACCCUGGGGCCAAGAAGCCUUGAUCAUUCUGCACUUCGAGGAAGGAAAAUACGCGCUGAAGACAUACGACAACCGUUUUCUGAACCGGGACGGUACCCUGAGCGCUGAUCUCACGGACGAAGGACGCUACACGCUGGAGAUUCGCAGCGGCGCCAACAGCGGUCUGGCCUUCAAAGACGUGACUGGGACGUACCUGACGGCUGUUGGGGCCACGGCCACCAUGAAGGGGCGCAACAAGACAGUCAGCAAGGACGAGCUGUUCACCUUGGAAGAUUCGUGUCCUCAGGUUAUCCUCACUUCGCUGGCCAACAACAAAAAAGUCUCCACCCGGCAAGGU